CUUUUUGCAAUCACAGGAGGCCCGAGAGAAGGGGAAGAGGAUGGAAGAGCAGGACCCAGAAGGACCAGGAAUUGGCAAGACAGCAAGGAAAGACCCCAGUCCCAUCCAGGCGGGGAGUGGGGCUGAAUUCUGGGGAAGAGCUGUGCUGGAGAUCCUGCAUCAGGACCCUGGGACUUCAGAGGAACAUCGCCAGCGUUUCCGGCAGUUCUGCUACCAGGAAGGUGCCGGGCCCCGAGAGGUUUGCAGCCAGCUCCACGGACUUUGCAAGCAGUGGCUGGAGCCGGAGAGGCACUCCAAGAAGAAGAUCCUGGACCUGGUGAUCCUGGAGCAGUUCCUGGCCCUCCUGCCCGAGGACAUGCAGAGCUGGGUCAGAGGAUGCGGGCCGGAGACCAGUUCCCAGGCGGUGUCCCUGGCUGAAGGUUUCCUCCUGAGUCAGGCAGAGGAGAAGAGGCAGGCCGAACAGGUGAGGGAGCUUCAUGCAGUCCCUUCAAGCUGUGAUCUUCCACCUCAGCCUAAGGCCUCCUUGCCUAGUAUAUACCCCUCCAGACACUUCACCUCGAUGUGGGGACCGUCUGUGGAAUUAAAUUUCUUUGAGGGGGAAGGGUCUCCUCUGGAGGAAGAGCACAAGGCCCAGGCCCAGGAGCGUUCCCAAGAUGCCCUCUCACGUGGCAGUGAAGAGACUGGGUCGAGUCAUCGUCUUCGUGGAGGAGGAGAAACAGCUGCUGCCCCUGAAGUCCAGUCUCCACCUUCCUUUGAGGACGUGGCUGUGCAUUUCACCGAGGCUGAGUGGGCCCUGCUGAACCCGGGCCAACGAACUCUCUGCCAGGAAGUCAUGUUGGAAAACUAUGGGAACGUGGCCUCUCUGGGUAAGGAUUGUUCUUAG